AUGGAGUCCACCUUCAGCAGCCCUGCGGAGGCGGCGCUGCAGCGAGAGGCAGGCUCUGCCGGGCUGCGCACUCCGCUUGGAGACCUGGACCGAGUGUACGAGCUGGAGCGAAUCGUUGGAUUUGUCCGCGACCUGGGGUGUCAGCGGGUGGCCUUGCAGUUCCCUGACCAGCUAUUGGGAGAUGCUGGGGCCGUGGCAGCACGACUGGAGGAGGCUACCGGGUCGAAGAUGUUCGUUCUAGGAGACGCAGCCUAUGGCAGCUGCUGUGUGGAUGUACUGGGUGCAGAGCAAGCUGGAGCUCAGGCCCUUGUACAUUUUGGCCCUGCCUGCUUAAGCCCUCCUGCCCGCCCACUGCCCGUGGCCUUCGUCCUUGGUCAGCGAUCUGUGGCCUUGGAGCUCUGCGCUAAGGCCUUUGAGGCCCAGAACCCAGACCCCACAGCGCCUGUGGUGCUGCUCAGUGAGCCAGCCUGUGCCCACGCCCUGGAGGCCUUGGCCACCCUUCUGCGCCCACGGUAUCUGGACCUGCUUGUCUCCAGCCCGGCUCUUCCCUUGCCAGCAGGCUCCCUCAAUCCAAAGCCUGAGCCCCUGGAGCGUUUUGGGCGCCGCUUCCCUUUGGCUCCAGGGAGGUGUUUGGAAGAGUAUGGUGCCUUCUAUGUGGGGGGCUCUGAGGCCAUCUCUGACGCUGACACUGACCCAGACCUAAGCCGGCUGCUUUUGGGCUGGGCACCAGGGCGGCCCUUCUCCUCCUGCUGCCCAGACACAGGCCGGACUCAGGAUGAAGGUGUCCGGGCUGGGCGGCUAAGAGCACGUAGACGCUAUCUGGUGGAGAGGGCGAGAGAUGCCCGUGUGGUGGGGCUGCUGGCAGGCACGCUGGGUGUGGCUCGACACCGGGAGGCCUUGGCACACUUGCGGAACUUGACACAGGCUGCUGGCAAGCGUAGCUAUGUGUUGGCCCUUGGGCGGCCCACGCCUGCCAAGCUUGCCAACUUCCCUGAGGUGGACGUAUUUGUGCUGUUGGCCUGUCCUCUGGGUACUCUAGCCCCCCAGCCUUCUGGCAGCUUCUUCAGGCCUGUAUUAGCACCAUGUGAGCUGGAGGCUGCCUGCAACCCUGCAUGGCCACCUCCAGGCCUGGCUCCCCACCUCACACAUUAUGCGGACUUGUUGCCUGGCUCUCCCUUCCACGUGCCCCUCCCUCCACCUGACUCAGAGCUGUGGGACGCCCCAGAUGUGUCACUCAUUACUGGGGAUCUCCGACCCCCACCUGCCUGGAAGCCAUCAGAUGAUCCUGGGUGCUCAGCGCUGACCCUGAGGCCCCCGCUGGAGCUGGCUGAGAGCAGCCCUGCAGCCUCAUUCCUUAGUUCCCGGAGCUGGAAAGGACUGCAGCCCUGCCUGGGUCAGACGCCGGUGACGGGAGCUGUAAGCGGAAGACGAGGAAUUGCCAUCGCCUACGAGGAUGAGGGAAAUAGCUGA